ACACAUAGACACGGCUUGCACUAUGGCGUGACGCCCUAGUCUUCGCUGCGGCUCAGCUUGACGCGUGAGCAGGACAGUUGACAAGAACCGACGGAAGACGUUGACGCUAAGCGACACCUUAAUCUUGAUGUUACCAGCCGCCUGAAAGUUCCCAGCAUCACCGGAAGGAUAUACUACUGUGCUACUGGCCGAAGUAUUUUCUUGGAGAUCAUCAGCGCAAUUUGUACCGUCCCGCGCGUUCCCUCCCCGCCGCGGCGUGCGUGCCGCUAUAGCUUCCUCCUCCUCCCGCCCCGGUCGCUUUCGGGGACGACGCUGCUGCGCUGAUAUCCCAAUGCCCCCGCCCUCUUCGUUCUCGUCCCCACAGCGCUCGUGUUGGUGUGUCCUCCUCCAUUCCCCACCGCCAUUGUACGUCGCCAGUAUAAGCUGCAGGCUCCGUCCGUGCACUUUGCGCGCCGCGUAGAGCGUAUCACUCACUCACUGUACGUACGCGGGGAGGGGGCGCGCGCCGGAGCGGUUCCGGGCGAUGGGUUUCGCUCCUUGCGGGCGUGCUGGUUUCCUCCUUGUGCUUCUCGGCCUCUGUGCGGCGGCCGGCUCGUGCUCGGCGCAGCUCCCGCCGCCGGAGAUGCUGCACGAGAGCUUCGCGGGGAAGUCCGAGUUCAGGACGGUCAACCGGAGGCCGCUGGAGUCGUGCCUGAACCCGAGCCCGUACCUGUCCAUCAAUGUCACCACCGCCGGCCCGCUGCCCGACGAGGCGUUCGUCAACGUCACCGUCGGCGGCGUCUUUAGGCCCCGCGGCUCGCACUGGGUCGCCAUGAUCACGCCUUCAAACUCCAGCGUUUCCGGGUGUCCACUGAGCGGCGUGAACUAUUUCGAGACCGGCGACACGGCGAAGCUCCCUCUCCUGUGCCACUACCCUGUGAAGGCCCAGCGGGUGAAGAGCGACCCGGGCUACCUCGGGUGCAAGAAGGCGGCGUGCCAGAAGCGGGACGCGUCGGGCGGCUGCCAGGUCCGGACGUGCGGCGCCACGCUGACGUUCCACGUCGUCAACUUCCGCACGGACGUGGAGUUCGUCUUCUUCGCCGGCGGGUUCCAGACGCCGUGCCUCCUCAAGCGCUCCGGCGUCCUCCGCUUCGCCAACCCGGCCAAGCCGCUCAACGGCCACCUCUCCAGCACCGACUCCUCCGCCACCUCGAUGAAGAUCACGUGGGUGAGCGGCGACGGGAGGCCGCAGCAGGUUCAGUACGCAGGGGGCAGGGCGGCUGCCUCCGUCGCCACGACCUUCACGCAGAAGGACAUGUGCAGUGCGCCCCUGUUGCCGAGCCCGGCCAAGGAUUUCGGGUGGCACGACCCCGGCUACAUCCAUUCGGCCGUCAUGACCGGCCUCCAGCCUUCUCAGUCCUAUGCCUAUCGCUAUGGAAGUGAUUCUGUGGGUUGGAGUGACACUGUCAAGUUUAGAACCCCUCCAGCUGCAGGGUCGGACGAGACGUCCUUUGUGGUCUAUGGCGACAUGGGGAAGGCUCCACUAGACCCGUCGGUGGAACACUAUAUUCAGCCGGGAUCGAUCGCUGUGACCAAAGCAGUCGCCAAAGAGAUGCAGACCGGGAAGGUCGACUCCAUCUUCCACAUCGGAGACAUCAGCUACGCCACGGGGUUUCUGGUGGAGUGGGACUUCUUCCUCCACCUCAUCAGGCCGCUCGCUUCUCAGGUCUCCUACAUGACCGCCAUCGGCAACCACGAGAGGGAUUAUGCAGGGUCUGGGUCUGUGUACGAGACACCGGACUCCGGCGGAGAAUGCGGCGUCGCGUACGAGACCUACUUCCCCAUGCCCGCUGCCGGCAAGGACAAGCCGUGGUAUUCCAUCGAGCAAGGCAGCGUCCACUUCAUCGUCAUGUCCACGGAGCAUUCCUGGUCACACAAGUCGGAGCAAUAUAACUGGAUGGAGAAGGGUUUGUCGUCGGUCGAUCGAUCCAGGACUCCAUGGGUGAUCUUCAUCGGGUGA